CCACCAUCAUCUACAUUUCGAGUCACCGGGAUAUAUAGCGAAGAUGGCUACAGCUCCAGAGCCCACUCCCAGAAAGCAGUAUCGAAAGUACUUCAUUCCUCUCGAAUCCAAUCCGGACGUCUUCACGGAGCUCAUCCACGAACUCGGAGUAUCUCCUACUCUAUGCUUUCAAGAUGUCCUCUCCCUAGACGAUGAAGAGCUCCUAACAUUCGUACCUCGCCCUGCACUUGCGUUGGUUCUCUUGUUUUCAAGCUCGAGCACCUACGAAACACACGUAGCGGCGGACGAGGCUGCGCGACAAGGCUAUACAGGCAGUGGCGAUGACGAAGAUGUGAUUUGGUUUAAGCAGACGAUAUAUAACGCCUGUGGGCUUUAUGGUAUCUUGCAUGCGGUCUGCAAUGGAGAUGCACGUAAGCAUAUAGCACCCAACUCGACGCUUUCAAAUCUGUUGGCAAAAGGCGUGCCACUUGAGCCAGAGGCCCGAGGCAGAGUCCUAGAAGCCAGCGCUGAGCUAGAAUCUGCAUACAGAGUAGUGGCGCAGAAGGGAGAUACGGAGCCACCCGAGAAUCCGGAGGAUGUAGUGGACUUUCAUUACGUCUGCUUCGUCAAGUCGCACGAGAACAACCGUCUCUAUGAGCUGGACGGAGACAAGAAGGGGCCUAUUGACCGGGGUGCUAUCAAUGAGGACCAGGACAUGCUUUCGCAAGCAGCGUUGGAACCGAUACGAGAGUACAUUGAUCGCGAAAACGGCAGAAGCAUCAACUUCAGUCUUAUAGCCUUAGUACCCGCAGGGUAGGUCCCAGGCUGUUCGAGACAGGCAGAAAGCACAUGCAUGUAGGUACGCUUGGAGUCACACUCUUUGUAGAAUUCUCCAAAGAGCAAGAAGUGUGAACUAUGAAGGACCUUGGUUUGUCUUGCAACAUGUGCACAUAUGCCACCAGGGCACGAUGAAGCGGCCAUACAACCCGACCCUCCGCAAGACGCGGAGAAUGAGGUUGCUCUUCGAUGAAGAACUUGUAUAUGCAGUCUCCCUGAGGAGGAAGUGGCGCGCUUGUGCGGUUGCGUUUGAGUCGACUUGGACGACUAUGAGAGAAACUACUUUCAUUAUGAUGUAAGCAGUAGCGGAUACGAUUCCGCCUGGAGGAGCUUCACAGAGUGAAGUCCGUGGCCUCUUUGUGUUGAGCUCUGGCUUGCUGGACGCCAGUUGUUGGAGCAGCAGCAAACCGUGGCCAGGUGAAGAAAUCCCUAAAC